AACAAUUGCAACCGGAAAGCCAAUUACCGAGUGAAAAUAUUCAAACACCCCUCAAAAGUCAAAACCAUUUUACAUAUUUUAACUGAUAAAAGUAAUAAUAUUUGAGAUUUAUCUGUUAAACAACUUUCCUUAUGAUUAUUAUUAUAAUGCACUUGGUCAUUAUUUUAUAUAUUACCUAGGAAGAAGUGUUUGAAGUUAUCUUUACAUCUAGUACUCGUAGAAGGAUAUGAAUGGAAUAUUAUUUGGCGUUGACAAUUUAGUCCUGCAAAAUCUCUGAUUGCAGGCUCCAGCAAUAUAAAUAUGUGAUCCUUCGUAACCUGCUAUGCAAAAAAAACCCAAGCUUCACUUCAAGGCUUUCAAUAUUCAUAGUCAAAGGUGGCAAAAUUUGUGAAAGGAAGAGCAAAUUAAGCAGCAAUGGAAGGUUUGAUUCCAUAUCUUAUUCAUGUGAUGAAGAAGCAAAAGCCUCAUCACCAUAGCUUCAGGAGCUUCUCUCAUUCUGAGAGCUCAAACCGUAGCUACCAUUUGCUAUUGGGAUCUGACUCAUUCACAGGAUCAUCUCACAGAAGAACCAGGUCUGAUUUCCAGCCACCCACAACUGAAUUCUUAGAGCAUAGACAUGGUGUUGAUGGGUUUUUGGUUAGCCCCAGAGGCCCUGUUACUGUUGCUCCACCCACUGCCAAUGUUACUGCUUCUUAUGCUGCCCAACCCACUAAUAAUUUCAACAACAUUCGCAAUCGCAAGUGAUAACAUCAUAGGAUUGUUCAAUCUUCAAUUAUUUAUAGUCUUCUGGGACUUUAAGAUAUUAUGUGUUUCUUUUACGGUUUGAUUCAUUUGUUUAAGAUGAUGGGUGACUAUCAUUUGUAAUAUAAUUGUGUAUACUCCUGAUCUUGUAACCUAAUUUCUAGGGGAUCAAUUGUAAUGACUGCUUCAAUGAAUGUUAAGAGAUUUUGAUUUUGAACAGAAACAAUUUUCUUUUAUUCUGUUACAGCCAAAUCAGUACAAAAUAUUUAUCUAAUGGCGUUAUGUAUAUAAAAUUAAAUCCAUUAUAUUUAAACCAAAAUAAUGUGCGAAUUACCCUUUCUCUGUCGAUGUAUAAAAUAAUUUUACUUUUUAUGUUGUGCUGGCACGUUCUCACAGGUAAUAUAAGCUUGUAGGUGCAUAUUGCUCUGACCCCCAAUGAAACCAACUUAACCAAGUUACUCCACUUUCAAAAUAUAUACCUCCACUGUCAUUAGGAUUCGACCCUGUCGUUAACAUUUGCAGAAACUGGCAAUCGUAGCAGAGUGAAGUCAGUAACUACUUGAUAUCAUAUAGAACAGAUUCGGCAAUACGAGGGUAACACGUAAAGCAGAGAGAGACAGAAAUCAUGAAACUGGUAAGUGAAGCAAAUCAUCUCUGGGAAUUGUACGACAAGCCAC